AUGAGAGGAAGCUCUAUAAUUAUCAAAAGAUUCAUCUCCCCAAGGGCACUACGACUGCACAUCCCAUCUUGCUCUCAACCCAUUAAUCUAUCGUCUCAAAAACUAGUAUUUCCAUCUCAAAUCAAAUUCAGCGACGCCACCAAGAAGAAUGACGAGCCAGAGAUUGACAAAAAAGAGCUAGAUCGGAAAAUCAACCUUCUGAAAUUGUUGAUUGAGUUGAAACUGCAAGUGCCUCAUCUUCUCGAAAGCAAUUUGUCCAAAUCAAUUGUUUCCAAGAAUAUUUACCUUCGAAUAUGUCCCUCCCAGGUUGAUGAAACCCUUUUGCCAAAGAUACAUGGACAAUUGACAUAUUUCAGUACUUGCAAAGCCAUUCAGUUGUUUAUCAAGUCUGUAAUAUUAAAUCCACAUGUCCAAUUGCAUAUAACAAAUAUCAAGGUGAGCAAGGGCCCCGACCCUCAAUGCAUGUUCAAACAUAGUACAAAGAUAUAUGUUCGAUGGAAUACGUGUAUGCCCAAUUGCGAGCAUCUUGGUAGCUAUGGUAAGGGGAGCAGCGUUGCUGAAUCAACAUCGGAUGCUAAUUGGGGGUCGCACAAGUGGUCCAAAGAAGAUACAUUGAAAUUAAUGGAUCAGAACAAGUUGAACAAUUUUGCAGGAUUAUUGGGCAAACUAACUACAUCCGUCGUGGGACUUGCUAAAAAUUCAGGAAAAGAAAAGUUGGAAAGAGUCUUGCUGGGCUUGUUCAUUUUUGAAUUAAAUGACAAUUGUGACGAAAUUGUUGUGCAUACAAUCGAGAAUAUGGAUAUUAUUGAAAGGUUGGAACCAGAGGAAAUUAACGAGUUAAGAGUUUGUUGA